AUGGCACCAGCACGCAGCCGAUUCGACUCACUACACGUGGCAGUGAUCGGAGCCGGAGCCGCCGGACUCGUAGCUGCACGAGAGCUACGCCGCGAAUCUCACUCCGUCGUCGUCUUCGAGCGCGACACUCAAGUCGGAGGUCUCUGGGUUUACACACCACACAAUGAACCCGACCCGCUUAGCCUCGACCCGAAUCGAAAUAUCGUCCACUCGAGCGUCUACGAUUCGCUCCGCACUAACCUCCCAAGAGAGUGCAUGGGCUACAGAGACUUCCCUUUCGUGCCCCGACCCGAAGACGGCGAAUCCAGAGACCCGAGAAGGUACCCGAGUCACAGGGAAGUCCUCGCAUAUCUUCAGGACUUCGCGAGAGAGUUCAAACUCGAGGAGAUGGUUCGAUUCGAGACUGAAGUGGUUCGUGUCGAGCCAGAAGGCCGGAAAUGGAAGAUUCGGUCUAGAAAUUCCGAUGGGAUCUCCGACGAUGAGAUCUUCGAUUCCGUCGUCGUUUGCAAUGGACACUACACAGAGCCUCGAGUUGCUCAUGUUCCUGGCAUAGAUUCAUGGCCAGGGAAGCAGGUUCAUAGUCACAAUUACCGUGUUCCUGAUCCAUACAAAGACCAGGUGGUGGUAGUGAUAGGAAAUUUUGCGAGCGGAUCCGAUAUCAGUAGGGACAUAACGGGAGUGGCGAAAGAAGUUCAUAUCGCGUCAAGAUCGAAUCCAUCUGAGACCUACCAAAAGCUUCCCGGCUCCAACAAUCUAUGGCUUCACUCUAUGAUAGAAAGCACACACGAAGAUGGGUCGGUUGUUUUCAAGAAUGGUAAGGUUGUACAAGCCGAUACUAUUGUUCAUUGCACUGGUUACAAAUAUCACUUCCCGUUUCUCAACACCAAUGGCUAUAUCACCGUUGAGGAUAACUGCGUUGGACCGCUUUACAAACACGUGUUCCCGCCUGCGCUUGCUCCAGGGCUUUCCUUCAUCGGUUUACCUUGGAUGGUUAAGUCUCUCUCAUUCAUUCUACUUUCUUCCAGCUUCUUUAGCAAGUGGGUGGCUGCAGUUUUGUCCGGUCGUGUUACGCUUCCUUCUGAAGACAAAAUGAUUGUAGACGUUACCGCCUUAUAUGCAAAGCGUGAUGCUAAUGGUCUUCCCAAGAGAUACACGCACCGGCUUGGUGCGUCUCAGGUUGCUUACCUCAAUUGGAUUGCCGAGCAAAUCGAUGCACCGCCUGUUGAACGGUGGAGAGGUGAGGAAAUAGAAGGCGGAUAUCGAAGACUCGCCACAGAAUCAGACACUUUCCGUGAUAAGUGGGACGAUGAUCAUCUCAUUGCUGAGGCUUAUGAGGAUUUCUUGAGACAGAAACUGAUUAGUGUUGUUCCUUCUCAGUUCUUGCAAUCCAGAUGA